UUAGUGAGAAUACCAAACUUUUUUGCGAGAAACUGGAUCAAAAAAGGGUAAAAAAAUCCACGUUAUCCCAGAGCAUAGAGGCUAAGAUGCGUAGAGCACAACUUAAAAUUGAAAGAGAAAAUUUGAGAAAAACGUUGGAAAAUCGCGAAGGUAUUACUUAUCAAAGCAACAUUUCGUUUGACAGUGUUGAUAAUAUGAAGUGCAUAGAAGAAUCAACAAUUUUAUCUGUAGAAAAUUGUAAAUUGGUUUGUUUUGAUCUUGAAACAUCUGGUCGUCGAAAAGAUGCAGAUGUAUUGCAAAUAGCAGCAAAAGUUGAUGAGAACAUUUUUUCCAUUUACAUUGAACCAACACAAACGAUCGACAAUGAAGCUAGUCAAGUGAAUGGUCUAGAAAAUAUUGAUGGAGAGCUAUUUUUGAAUGGUGAGAAAUUACUCACUGUGAGUAUGCGUGAAGCUUUACAAGCGUUUUAUGAAUUCUUAUCUAAAUUCACCAAAGGUUCAUUGUUGAUUGCGCAUAAUGCAAUAUUUGAUAUAACUUUCCUAGUCAGAGAAAUAAAAAAGUAUUCAUUGGUUGACGAGUUCAAAAAAAUUAUUUAUGGCUUUAGCGAUAGUUUAAAAUUAUUCAGAAAAAAAUUGUCAGACCGUAAAGGUCCAGGUAUGUUCACUCUCGCAAAAUUGGCAGAAGACUUUUUAAAAAAUGAUUCAUUCGAAAUGAACUUCCAUGAAGCUACGUUUGAUGUUAUCGUAUUAGAAAAAUUG